AUGGAUUUGCUGGUGGCCUUAAACUACGUCCUCUUCCGCGUCAACAAGGCCUACACCAACCUGUUCGACGCCACCGUGGACGCCCUCGUGGCGGCGUUGCAGAAGCUGGGAUUCCCCAACAUUCCGGUGAUGGGGACGGGGACGGGGUGGCCGACCGCGGGGAAUACCGCCGCCACGCCCGAGAAGGCAGCGGCGUACAAGCAGGGGAUCGGCACCCUGAUGAGGCCGAACGAUGCGGUGGAGGUGUUGUUGUUGUUCAACCUGUUCGACCAGAACAGGAAGACCGUGAAGGAGUACGAGAAGCACUUCGUCAUCUUCCAUCAGGUGAGGAAGGUACAAGUAGAGCUGGUCAUUGGGUAG